AUGGAUUCAUUGAAGCUUCUGAAGCGGGAUGGAGGUUCGGGCGGAUUGAGUGUGGGAGCGUUACUGGCCAUUGCGCUCUGUGGCGGCGUGUUAUUAUUCACAAGUGUCGGUCUACUCAUGGCAUGGAGGAUCAAAUCGCGUCAGAAGAGCUCACCGGAAAGAGUGUACACCAUCCCGGAUGAAUUUUCGCAGACUCGUUUGACGAAGCGCCCGCUUCUCAUGACUGAAUCUGCCGUGAGCGGGUUGUCGAGUCGCUUCUCGUCACGGUUCUCACUUACACUACCGCCAAUUAUUCCGCUGCCGCCAAUGCCAACGUAUAACAGCUUCAAUUUCUUCAGAACGCCCAGUAAGCGACGUGCAGAGAGGAGAAGCUGGGUUAGUGGCGAUGACUUUCAUGGGCCGACGGUGAAUAAGGAUGCUAGCGAGGGGUGGUUCAACAGUGAUAGUUGGAAUGGGCAUGCGCCGACUGUUCCUAGUAUUGGUGUUGGAGAGAACGGCGGAGACGGGAUAUAUGAGCGCGACGUGGAAAUGCAACUUCGGCGGCAGAAUAGUCAGCGGAGGCCAUCGUAUGAGGAGUAUCGGAAGCAAUCGCAGCCUCCGGAGGGAGAGCUUCAGACAUAUGAGUUUUCAAAUCCUCAUCAGCAGUACCAGCGUCAACAGCAGCAACAACAUCCGCGGAAUCAGCACCAGCAGGAAUUAUAUGUACAGAAGCGGAGGAGCGGGAAUAAUAUUCAGACUAGCCAGACGGCACCGAAUUUCUCUUCAAAUGAUGACGUGCCUCGGGGAAGGCAGUCGGCUGUUCGCGUGCCGGGGAGGGCUCAUGUUCGACCAUCCAUGACGAUGACGGAUAUGGGCUUGAGAGACAUCUUGCGAUCGACGGAUCAGAGGUUGCGGGAGGGAACUAGCCGAUCUCCCGUCAAGAAUACGCCUCAGUCAUCACCGACUCGUGGGUCACCGACUCGUGGGUCACCGACUAAGACGCCGCAGAGUUGGAGGUCGAAUUCUGGUCGUGGAGUUGGACGGCAUCGGGGAACUCCUAGCCCUGGUAAACCCGGGAAUAUGAGCACUUCGUCAACCCAAGCUUCGAUCAAUUCUAUUGGUAGUGCGGCAAACAGUCUUAUUGCUGAAGCCACGCAGCAACUUCAGCUUCCGGGCGGUAUGGCAAGCCCUAGUCGUCUUCAUGGACGGGAGUGGGAGCCCAAAGGAAGCCAGAUCUUGCCGCCAAGUUUGCCAGGGCUAGAGAGUCCUCUACACACUCCGAAUCAAAGUCCUCAAAGGAGUCCACAGCGCAGUCCGCAGAGAAGCCCACAACGAAGUCCUCAGAAGAGACGGUCAAUAGACAGCGACCAGUCGAGCUCGCUGUCAACGCUGUACAGUGUCGGUGAGCCUGAGAACGAGGAGCAGGAGAUUCAGAGGCAGUAUUUCCUUCAGCAGCAACAAUACCGACAAGAAGAACUGCAGAAACUAGCUACCGGAGAUGAUCCGUUUACCGAAAAUGGCGACCCGGACAAGCACCAGAGAGAAAACCAGGGGCAACCUGCUGGGCCUCGACCACUGAGACGCAUCAAGACCAUGAGCCCAAGUGGUUUGAAUAGUCGAACAAAUGAGGUCCCAAUAACUCAGCCACUGCGACCAUUGUCUGUGAAUUCCAAGACUGGUUCCGGCCGCGGACUUGAUCUCCAAGUUCUACCACCAAGGCCGCUGGUCCUGCGAGCUUCUCGAACAGAACUAUCAGAUGAUGUUCGAGCCAAGGAUAAACAAGAGAACCAAAAGGCAGAAAUGUUACGGUCCGCAUCCGAGUCCAGCUUUGCGACUGAAUCCGUUCACAGCGACGACUCUGACGCAACAGCAAUGCCGACAUGCGAAACGCCCAAACCCGAGUGGGUUGCUGAUGCAAAUCGCAGCCGCUCCCCUACAGCCAGUCCGCUUACACCCACCAGAAAUGAUUCAAAGGCUGCAGAUAUGUCUUCUUCUCCAUUCAGCGAGCAGGAUAUCUUGUCUAUGCUCCUCGCAAAUGGCACUAACAAACGCGCCCUUCCUCAACCACCACCCACUGUCACAGGACCCGACGGCACGGUUCUCUCCACGGCAUUGUCUCCCAUGCCCUCGUUGAAGAGCAAGACAGGCUCUGUGCAACGAAGGAUUUCUGAUUCUAGCUCUUAUUAUUCCACCGCUGACCCUGGAGCUGUCUCAAACGGCUCACCUUCUCGUCGGGGCACGAAUCGUUCCAACAAGGAAGCCCCCACGCUGGGCAUGACCAUUGCGGAACUGCGAAGAAUGAACAGUGUGGUCAGCUCGUAUAGUGCGGUGUCAGUUUCUUCGACUGCCGUUGGAGAAGGUGAUUCACCGAAACUGUCUGGUGCUGUGAGUGGUGGUCUCAUUCCGCCGAGACCGCUACCCAGACCAGGAGCAAUUGGAAACAGGCACUACCUGAACAUAGGGAAGACUUCUCCCGGUAAACAUAAGUCGAUGAUGAACUUGAAUAAACCUGCCGGGCCCAAGGGACCCCGUCAACGGCGCCCUCAGAGCGACGGUCUCUUGAAGCCUGGAUCAAGCGGGAAGCAAAACGGCAAGGAAAACCAAGGGUUAGGCAUCAAAGGCAAUCAGGAUAAUCUGCCGCGCCUCAAGCCAGGUCGUCAGAGUCCUGUUCGCGAAACCAAGAACCGGUCCUCGUCAAAGCCCGCUUCGCCGGCUGCAUCUCCCGUGCAGACAAUGAAAUUGAAGCAGGGUCCGGUCGCUGACCUGCUUGCUCGUGAGAAGCGUGCUACAAAGCGAGAUAGCGUUGAGAGCUUAGGACUCUACGAUAAGGAUGGAUUCUUGUUGCCGUCACCGGAUAGGGAGGCGAGAAGUCGGAAUAAGGGGCUGCGGAUGUAG